AUGGUAGCAGAGGAUAAUGUUUCCAGGAAGCGACGGCUUACCUCCCUAGGAUUUGGAACGAAACCGGACUUGACGCCACUCGCGGCAGAAGGAAUGGCCUUAAAUGGCGAAUCAUCACGAAUGGGAGCAUCUAUGGGGGCAUGUCUGGGCUCGGUAGUCGACCCAGGGGAGUCGCCAUUGUCGCCAGGAACUGCAAGUCAUGAUCUAGGAUUAGAUAUACCAAUUGUGCGACGACGGUCAUCUAUACCGCCAGGCAGUAGUGGAAAUCUAAGCGGCGAUUCAUUUCAUACAGCGAGCGAAUCCUUAACAUCCCCAAAAGCCAGUCCAUCUUCCGAAGAGUCAAAUGAACAGUCUCCCAACGGUGGUCCGUCAAAUGAACUCGAUUUCUCGAAACGCGCGAUUCCCGAGGCGUCGGCCGUGAAGUCGGAUUUAAGCCAGUUAUCAACUAUGAAACCUACGGAUACAAGCCAGGAACUUGAUAGUACGGCCAAUCUGGUAAGAACAAGAACCCAAACGCCGGACCCUACCAAUUCACUCUCAUCCCUCUUGCCCCAUAAUCGUCAGGGACAGAAAGAACCGAAUAGUGCCGCGAAGCCCAUCAAAUCUGCAUUAAAGCAUUCGAAAUCUACACCACUCUCAGCCCAAGUUGCAAUUGCUGAGCCGAACCCACCUCCGAAGAAGACGAGGGAUAAAGUUUCCACCGGGUUGGUGCGAUUCCAAACAAACGAUGAUGUCCUAAGCAGGGACCAGGAACUACAAAGAAAACUCGCGCAUGCGUCGAGAAGACGGUCGAUACCGAAAGGGAGAUCGCUGAGGAAAUCAAGGGAAGGAGAAAUUGUCAAGAUGGCCACUAUGCUUGUUCGAGUGGAAACAACAUUGGCGGAUUUAUCUCCAGAUUUUGAUGAGAAUGAGAUGUCACAUAUCGAGACGAGGACCAUCGAGAAGUGGAGGGAGUUCGUAGUUGUCUGCAGACAGACUGGAGAGGACGACGCCCCUCUCACAUUGAAGAUCCACAAGAGCAGGACCAUUCCGGCAAUCGAACGUAAGAGAAUAGCCAAGCAUUCGACGAGGGAGAUUCCUCUCAAUCCAAGGGAGACGCAUGUCAAUCUAUUCUCUUCCCUCGAUAAGACUUUGUGUCUAUGGCUUCCAUUCAAACGUGGGACAAUUAUCUUCUUGAUGCGACCAAGGGCAGCAGCCUCUUCUGUAGAAUGGCACACCUUUUUGCGCAAGGCAUUAGGAUGGAAUCGACCGGAAAAUUUGAUCGUGCAUGUCCCCGACCUAUCAAUGAACCUAAGAAUAAUAGACCCUUUCGACGAUACCCCGAAAAAGAACGUCGACGACGAGGCUAUCUCACAGGAAAUAAGGAAGAACAAGGACGACGGCACGGUUUCUAAGUACAUCAUGCGGACGUCACUUCAGCUACUCAGUCAAAAUAAAGAAUGGGAUGAGGUUUUGCGGCUUUGGAAGCAAAAUGAUAGACUUGGGUUGGCAUGGAGGCGGUAUGACCGCCUUGAGUGGGUGCACGGGAUGAAUGAAAAAAAGAUGUAUGGUUCGAUGGCCAUGCAGAAAACCCAUGAGCUAGAAUUGCGUCCAAAGAUUCACUACCCUACCUCGAUCGUGUCUGAAAAUGGAAGUACCGUCCUCGAGCCGCCACCAGUUGAGGGCUUCCUUCUCCGUUUGACUUCAGGAAUGGGCAAAGAGCAACGGAAGCUUUUUUAUAAGAGACUGUAUUUCUAUACCCAUGACAACUUGUUGUACUUUUGCAAACCCGCAAGAGCUCUUCCCCCACCUCCUCCGAAACUCCCCCCUAAGCAGGGCGAUAAGGUACCCGACUCGGAUCAUAUAAUAGAAACAAUCCCGUUAAUAUAUGCCGUAUCGCCUUAUUCUAUCGAGGACGGCGAAGUCGGUUGGAUGAAGACUGGGAAUGCCACGUUUCAGGAGCACAAAGAUGAGGAUGCAUAUAACGAAGCAGAACGAAAAGUGAACUCUGUGCUGAGGGCGGAUGGGUUUGUCGACCUCCUGAAAAUCGACCACGUCCGACCGUUUGGAACAGAAAAUCUCCCACAAAGAGUCCCUACAGGAGGGGAUGCCGAUUUUCAUCGGGAUGUGCCAGAUUCCGACCGGCCUGAUGGACAAGUGAAGGCAUUAGAUGAUGCAAGGACAUUCGAGAUUGUUCUAACUAGUGGCCUCAUUAUUAGACUCCAGACCUUCGAUCUGGAAACUCGAAACGAGUGGAUGCACAGACUUGCGGAUCUCAUCAUAUACUGGAAGAAGCGGCGAGGUGCAGAUGUGGCUAUUCUUAAGGAGACCCGCCAUGAAAAUCUCGACCUUCUGCGCAUCGAUGAGGAAAUGGAAGCUUAUAUUGGCCAAUACGGGAAGAAGUGGGAAGUUCAGAAUACCCGGUCUUCGCCGUUGGUAUGGAACGUUUGCGGUAUCUCUUCAUGCCGUACACUUACUUACAGCGGACAUCUAUAUCAAAAACAAACCCGGCACGCAACAUUUCAGAAAUAUCACGUAGUAGCCUGCCAUGGAAAGCUUUUAAUCUUUAAUAAUACUGUCCGAAAAUAUACUGGAGAACCCCUUGACUGCGUCCACCAACUCAAGCGGCAAGAAAUUUCACUCCGAGAUGCAUAUGUGUACAGCGGUAUUGCAACGGAGAGUCAGCUGCUUUAUCAGAACCAGACAUUUGACAGCAAUAAUCCUGGGCGCCAUGCUUUACCCCGCGUUUACGAAGAUGGAUGGAUGGCUACAGACGAAGAUGUCAUGACCUGCUUUGUUGUUUGGCAUGGUGCUAAGCAUACAUCGAUUCGGUCGAAGGAUGAUGGAGGGAAGAGAGCUAAAGUUAAAAGAGUUACGGCUUUGGGAUCCACUGGCAAGUCGAUGGUAUUCAAGGCACGGUCUCGCCAAGAAAGAGAUCUUUGGGUUAUAGCGAUUGGCGUUGAAAUUGAGCGGUUGCAUUCAACAGAUGAAAUCAUCGUUAAAGCGGCGAAGUAA